UAACACUAUAAUUAGUGAUUGGUUUGCGUUCUCGACGGGUGCACCUCAAACAAACAAGUAUACAGUGACCGAUUGAGAAAGCAAUUAACAUAUAAAAACAAACUCUAAUCGCACGCCAUUGCAGUGUCCAUUGAUAAAGGAUAUAAUACAUUUUCACAGUCAUACGAUGAAGUUCAAAGGACUAUGUAUUUUAACAGUGUUGCUAGCUAGCUCUUUGAAUUUCGUUUCGGGGCAUUCAUAUCAUUUGGACCAAUGUCCCGAUUUCGACCCUAUGCCUGAGUUUGUAAUGGAUAAACUGUUAGGUUCAUGGUACGCCGUACAAGAGACGCCAAAGUCAAGUCCGUGUUUGGUGUAUGAGUUCACACAGGAAUUCAACGAUGGUACUUGCACGAACUGUACAAACUGUGUAAAUUGUGUUAAUUGUACAAAUUGCAUCAACUGCACAAACUGUACAAACUGCACUGGUUGUAGCCACUGUAACGGUUGCCAAAAUUGUACAAAUUGCAAAAUAUGCGAAAGUUGUACAAAUUGUACAAAUUGUAGUAAUUUGUCACAUUGUACAAAUAGAACAAAUCAGUCAAACACUAAUUGCUCACAAUCGACUAAAUUUGAACAAAUUAUCGAAAAUUUUAAAGUCAAUGUAAUAAUUAAAGCUAACAAUAACCGUUAUGUUGGACAAUUGAAAGCUGAUAAAAAUUUGCCAUCAAGAAUGACAAGUAAUUCUCCUCUGAAUGUUGCGGGCAAAUCUUAUUUUGUUGUAUUUGCCACUGACUAUGUAAACUAUGCAGGUGUAUACACUUGCCAAAAAAAACCUUUCGGCCACAAACAUUCUAUUACCAUUUUGUCGAGAUCCAAAGUCUUAGACAAAACGUACCUAAAUAAGAUGCACAACUUAAUGGCUUCGGUUAACGUGAGUCCAUACGAUCUGUCAAUCGUUGACCAAUCAAACUGCAAUCAUCUUGACGAGAAUAUCAGUCUAGAAGCUAAUGACCAGCAGUUCAAUCCAAAAAAUAUGAUUGCAGGCACCAAGGCGGGUGAAAACCUCGGACAAGCUGUUGGUGACAAGAAAGUCCACAUUUCUAUGAAUUCCUUAAGGUAGAUUAAGUACCAAUAAAUUCUUAAGUUAUUUACUGUGAAAAAUUACA